AUUACAGAUCGCACGAACGUGUGUGGGUCCCACCUGCGGGACCCACCCCGGCUCGGCGCCGUCAGCCCCACCUCUCUCUCACAUCUCUCUCUACGAUGGAAUAAAAGGGAGAAAAAAGAGGAAAUCUGUUUUGGUUUGUUGGUCCCUUUAGAAAGAAGGAGGGUUUCUCAGCUCAUCUCUGUCGCUCUCUCUCCAAACGCUUGCAAUUCUGCUCCAAUCUCUUGAAUUUCAGAAAAUCAGGAACGAGGCUUAUCUUUGCCCAUUGUCAUGGUUCCACUUCAGAUUACUAUUGUAUAAAGGGACUGUGUUCUCUUUCCAUCGGGAACCGAGGCAACCAAUUUUGUCCGAGGCUUUGAAAGUAUUGCUGGUCAUAAUAUGAAGCAAGAGGGUUUCAUUAACCCAGUUGAAAUGACUGAUGGGCUUGAAAGCAUUGUGAGUGUUGAGCAGUUGGUCUCUUUGAUAGAGAAGGACAAAUGUUCUAUUACUAAAAGUACAGCUGAAGUAACACGGCGCUGGUCAACUGUUGCAAGCGUUUUAACUGCCACAAAGAAUAUUGACUGCUUGAGGCAAUUUAUAAAAUUAGGUGGGGUGAGUUUUUUGGACAGUUGGCUUCAAGAAGCACAGAGGUGUAACAUUGACGGCUCCGAUAAGCUUGUGGAAGAUCUGAUAAGUGCAGUGUUACGUGCACUUGAAAAACUACCCAUGGACCAGGAAGGGUUGAAGGCGUGUGGAAUAGGUAAUACUGUCAAGCACUUCCAUUUUCACAGAAACAUGGAGAUUCAGGGAAAGGCAAAACUCUUAUCUGAUGUUUGGGAGAAACUUGCUGAAAUGAAGAUCGAAAUGGGGAAGAUUGAGAAUGGAAUCUGUUCUGAUUAUGGAAGCACAACUAAAACAGUGCCGGUAGAGGUAGCGGAACGUUCAAACUGUGACAGCACUAAUACUUCUUUUCAAGGUUUUCUUGGAGAAGACUGUGGCAAAGAAGAUGCCAGUUGUUGCAAAUUGCAACACUCUGCUUCAAGUUCUGCCAAUAGCAACAAUAAAAUUUCUAGCCUGAAGAAAGUUACAGGUGACAGAAGAUCUUUUGGUUCUGAAGUGCCGAAACAUUCUUCGGAAGGGAUUGCUUCUAUAGCAAACAUUUCUGUCGAAAGUGGAAUGAGUUUGGUAACUGGAAAAUCUUCCAAUCCUACAGAAAGUGAAGAGUUGGGUGUUUCAGAAAGAAAAAACUGUCAGAAGAAAACCAAUGCAGCUGGUUCAAUAUCUAUUGUGAUGACUGAUUUGAAAGAUAGGCAACUCAGAACUGUGCCCUCAUCUUCCUACUCAAAGACUGUUCCUUCUUCUGUUUCCUGUUCAAAUGAUGGCUGUCAGAAAGCAUCUGUUGAAGAUAACUCAAGCGCUAUCAAUAAGAAAAGCAACAAAGAGUGUACAGCCAAAAAUGCAUCGCUGGAAAUGGCAGAGGAUGGGUCAUUGAACUACUGGAAGAAUAUCAUGAAACAACAACCUGAGAAGCAAACUGAUCCAUACAUUACUUCCCAGGUCACUAAAAAUGUUUCUGUUCCAUUCCGUGGCAAACUUGAAAACCUGGGUAAAACUUCCCAAGAUGUGGAAAGUUGCAGAGCAGACAAAGUGGGGAAGGUGCUGAAAUCUGGUUUCAGGACAGAUGCGGAAGAAAAACCAGCAAUCACAGAGAAGAUUGAGUUUCCAAUUCAAAAGUGGGGCCAGAAGAAUGCAGAACUGCUGACUGGAAAGGACAUGGAAAUGGAGCUCACAAUUGAGCUGGAUGAUGCAUUGGAGGUGGCUCGACGGGUUGCAAAAGAAGUGGAGCGCGAGGUUGGAAUUUACAGGGAGGCCUCAGGCAGCUCUUUGUCUGUAGAAGACAGGAAUUAUGAAACCAUGCUUUUGAGCAAUGCUGAUUCUGCAGAACUCAAGCAAAGUGACUGCUUGAAGGAAAUUGGUGACAGAAGUGAAUCACACAGCUGCUGUUCUAUGAAGGAAGAGAUGGAUGAAGAAACUUCGACUGGAAAUGAACAGUUGUGUUCGGGGGUGAAAGAUCCGUCUCAAGGGAUGUCUGCAAAAGUUCCUGAAACUGAUGAUGGCUUGCACGAGCAGGAAUCGUCUCAGCUGACAACAGUGCCUGAAGCACAUCUGGCCUCGAAUGAGCACAGAUAUCUUCCCAGCUUCGAUUUGAACGAAGAUGUUCAGACAGAGGAAGUUGAAUGCACUGAGAAGUCAGUGACUACAACGCCUUCUUCAUGCCAUAUGACAAAUUUGUCAGCUCCAAUUCCGGUGGUGGCUACUUCUAGAGGACCUGCUUGCUUACCUACAACACCACUACACUUUGAAGGGGAACUAGGCUGGAGAGGCUCUGCUGCAACUAGCGCAUUCCGUCCAGCCAAGACUCAUGAUAAAGAGAAAGCAGGUUCUGUCGAAGAAAAUGAUUGUAGCUCCAAGGGCUUUCGUGGUAUUGACCUGAAUAUAGCUGAUGCUGGAGAUGACUCGGUUGUGGAACUGUUCCCAAAGAAGCAUGUACCGGGAUCUUCAACUCUCCCAUCUGGAGACUCUUCUGCUGAGGUUAACUCCAGAAAAGCAGAGCGGCUCAAUCUGGAUCUUAAUCGUCUCAGUGAUAAUGAUGAUAAUUGCCCGGAUCUGUUGUCUGACUGGAGGACAGAAUAUAAACUUCAUCCUGGCAGGAACAGGUCCCACAGCCCAUCUCCAUCAUUGUCAUCAAGGCCUUCUAUUAGAGAUUUUGACUUGAAUGACAACCCGUCCUUCAGUGAAGCACAUGAUGUCCAUAGACCAGUUCACAGCAUCUGGCCUUCAAGAAACAGGGCAUUAGAUGAUCGUGCUAGUUCUAUUACUGGAUCUACGAUGUAUCUGGAACCUAAGAAUGUAAAAUCUGCUUGUUGGGCGGAUUUGGGUUCAGUUCAAGAUUCUGGGCAUGGUCAUGGCAGGAAGGAAUACCUGUAUUCUGCCCAACCAUUUCUGAUGGCUGGGCCAAACGUUAUCCCCUCUGUAGAACAGAUGGGGAGAGUGGUCACUGCGCAACCUACUCUGCCUUAUGCACAACCGCCUGCUUUAUCCUAUAAUGGCUUUGGGAUGGGCCCUGCAUUCCCUCUUCCUUCUGCUGUAUAUCCUUCAGGUGUUGUACCUUACAUGGUGGACUCACGUGGAGCCACCAUCCUACCCCAAAUAUUGGGCCCUGGUACUCUCUCCAGUUUCCCUAGAGCAUCAUAUCUAGAUGUCGCUGGCACACCAGGCACAAAUGAUGUUGGUAUCGUCAGGCCUAACUUCAACUUGAAUGCGGGAGUAGCUUCCUUGGAGACCGAAGUUAGAGGAGGAAAUGUUAGACACCUAUUCUUUCCUGCAAAUGGUAAUUCAUUAAUGGAAGAGCAGACAAAGUCUUUUCAACAGGCAGCCAUUACUGGCCCAUCCAUGAAGAGGAAAGAGCCAGAGUGUGGGUGGGAAUCCUAUCAGGUUGGCUACAAACAGAUGACUUCAUGGCACUAAUUUUCUGCAGACUUGCAACAAAUCUACUCAAGCUGUUCUGGUAAGAUAGGCAUUAGGUUAUUAACUGGGAUACGUUUUAGAAGGCCUCCUGCUCUAGCUUGAAUUGUCUUUCUGGAUUCGACUGCAGUUGUCCUGUUUGCAAUUUUGUCUCCUCCGUGCUUCCCAUCAAGUGAUGAUGCCAUGCACUUCCUUGCCCGACCUCAGAAUCCAUUAUUUCGGGACUAGUAGUUUCCCGGAUUUACCUUCUACAGAAUAAGAUGCAUCUGAUGCUGUUCGUUACGGGAACUCGGCCGCUGAUUGUUUGUUUGUUUGUUUGUUUGUUUCCCUUUUCCCCCUAAGUUGUAUGCCUAUUGCCUAUCCAAAUCUUGUUCUUGAACACUUUUGUACAUGUUACUCACGUAUUUAUUUUAACAAGUAUGAAUUUCACCCUUA